AUGAAGCGAAUCAUCCAUCUUCGCUUUCUCCCACUUCUCCCCACUCUAGCAACAGCUAUCCUCGUCAAUCGCACGAUAGACGACAAAUACGGUGACAGCGUCACUGGCGUUGUCCCCACCUAUGCGCCCGACAGCUAUUGGACGGACGGAUCUCUGUGCUAUACCUGCAAUGUCUAUCCUUCCGGCGGUCCAAAGAACGGAGGAGGGGCGCAGGCCGACGUCUCGCAGAUGUUCAAUGGGACCUGGCACGACUCCACAUACCAUGCGGUCGGCCCCAUCCAGACCAUCACGAUGAGCUUUGUCGGACAGGCCGUAUAUGUCUUCCACCUGAUCGCCAACGAGCUCAAGUGGACCACGACGGUGACCAACCUCUCGUUCAUCAUCGACGGCGAAGAGGUCGGCCACUUUGACCACAACCCGGAUCCGGCUGCUCCCCAGUUCUUGUACCGCGUCCCCGUCUACGUCAACUCGAGCCUAUCGCAUGCCAACCACACUCUUACGAUCCGUCCGAGGGGCGCGCCGGAUAUGUCUCUGAUUUUGUUUGACUAUGUUGCCUAUACUGCCGACGAGCCGGCAAGCCCUGCACCUCUCGACGGUGCCUCCUCCAGCCCUGCCAGCCCAUUCAUCCCAACCCCCUCGGCAUCCAUGCAGUUGCCCGGGCCUCUCCCGAGUACGUCCGGGACUCCAGCGCCCAGGCUCAAAUCCCACGUAAAGUUCAUCGGAGGGCUCGCGGGAGGCUUAGCAUUACUCGGCGUGAUACUAGCCACGCUCGCGCUGGCUUACCUUCGGAGGAAAUGUAGUCCACGGACGCGAGACGCUACGCGGCAGGCCGAUACCUCGCUGACGGCUCAUGGCGCGGCCGACACCCGGUUCUCUGGAACCAGGAGGGCUUCAACCCUUCCUGGUUUCUCCGAUGUGGACUCAACCCUACCUCCGCCUUACCGCAGCCGGAGGACCACAUGCGACUCCGCAGACCUGUCGUGCGCUGCGACGUGGCCAGAUUCCCGUUUUGCGCGUUCCCUCUCUGACACUCCGAAGGGAGGUCCCUUGUCCUCGACAGAGAGACAUGCGGCUCGCGUGCGGCUCUUCGAGAAGCUGACCGCAGCGCCCGGAUCGGAGAGGCGCCAAGUAACCACUGACCGCCAAGUUCCGGACCGCCCGCGCGUUGAACAGGAUCGUGGAGACGCGCCGCCCGGGAGCACGUCGAGCCCACCUGUGCGAGGUCUUGUUGCAAAUCUCCAUGCGGAAGCAGCGUGGCGCCGCAUGCUCGAUGCCGAGCUGACCAUGCAUGGCUUCUCAGUCGAGCAGGCACCGCCAUACUAUCAGGGCGGGCCCGGGGCAGAUACCAUUCCGUGGUCCUAG